AUGAUUGGUGUGUCAGGAGGGAGAGGCGAUCAGGAGCGCCAGCUUCCUGCCGAGGACGCCUCUGAUCCUCGCAGCGCAAGCCGGGGCCGGCAGGCAGGAAGGAGACGCGCAGCCCGCUGGACUCGGCAUCGCAGCCCAGCAGCCGGAGCGAGUCCGGCUUCGCCCGCCCCGCGAUCGCUCCCGCCCGCCGGCCGGCUCGGCAGCUGCCCGCGCCCCUCCGGGGCUGCCUGGUCGCAUCGGAACAAGGAACUCGUCCCCCCCCGCCCCUCCCGGCAUGAAGAUGCCUUGGUGGCGCGGGCCCCGGGCUCUCGGGCAUCCUGCCGCUGCUGCGCUGCUCGGCCACGCCGCGUGGCACAGCGCUGGCGUAACGAAAACUAUGAGAGGCCCGUGGACCUGGAAGGGUCAGGGGAUGACGACCCCUUUGCGGAUGAUGAAAGUGAUGACCUCUACUCAGGAUCUGGCUCGGGAUAUUUUGAGCAGGAGUCUGGGAUCGAGACGGCGGUGAGGCUCCACACGGACACUCUCCCCACCACCCCGGCCGUGCUGCCUGUCACAUCUGUGCAGCCCGUGGCAACUCCCUUUGAAAUGCUGCCUGCAGAGGAAACCACCCCUGAGCAGGCGACCAGCAUCCUGUACAUCCCCAGGGUGACAGAGGCACCGCUGAUUCCCAGCUGGAAAGCAACUACCACUAGUGCCACGGCCAGUGACACCCCACCACCCUCAACAGCUGCUGCUGCUGCCAGCCUCACUACUCCUGCUGCCAAGCCAACAACCGUCCGGAGGAUCCUGCCCCCCUUCGUCACGACGAUGGCCACAACGCGGGCCACCACCCUGGAAAUGCCAGCCACAGCUGUGACGGAAGCCAUCACGGUCACAGAGGCUGCCACGUCCCGGCUCGUCACCCCCAGCACUGCCAGACCCAGAGCUGGUCCAAAGUCGAGCACCUCCAAGACCACGGUUGUCACAGAGAAAAGCACUGUCUUGCCGCCACUGGCUGCUACCUUGGCCCCCACGGACGCACCCCAGACCGAGCUGCUGGACGUGACCGUGUCCACAGCCCUCGACAACGAGCUGGAGGUUCCUGUCAGCGGAGGGCCCAGCGGGGACUUCGAAAUCCGCGAGGAGGAAGACACGACUCGGCCAGAGCUCAGUAACGAAGUGAUCGCCGCGGUUACCCUGGCAGCAGAGCCGGGGCUGGGGAAGAAUGCAGAGCCCGGCCUCAUAGACAAUACGAUAGACUCUGGGAACUCGGCUGCCCAGCUCCCCCAGAAGAACAUCCUGGAGAGGAAAGAAGUGCUAAUAGCUGUCAUCGUGGGCGGCGUGGUCGGGGCGCUCUUUGCUGCCUUUCUGGUUAUGCUGCUCAUCUACCGGAUGAAGAAGAAGGACGAAGGGAGCUACACACUGGAGGAGCCAAAGCAGGCGAACGUCACAUACCAAAAGCCCGACAAGCAGGAGGAGUUCUAUGCAUAAACAGAGCCCAGAGUGCCUCUCUCUCCGUUUCACUCGAUUUCUGGUUCAAUUUCCUUCGGCCCCCACCCUCCCCCAGCCAAUCUCUCUCUCUCGCUCUCUUUCUGAUGGGACUGUGAGUUGAACAAACAAACACUAUAAUAAAAAGAAAAAAAAACCAGCUUCAGUUAAAAUAUAUACAAAUAAAGCGUCACCAAUUUAAAAACGAAUCCCGUAACCUUUCUCCAGCGGACGCAGCGUUUGCAGGGGACAGCAAGCGUGAGGAGCGAACGGGCAGCCAACUUUCAGUGCCUAUGCGAACACUCCUCGGACGAGAGCAUGCUUGGGUGGUCAUUUUCCUGAUGAUGGUUGGAGUUUCCUGGGUUUACCAAACACCACGACUGACUCUGAGAUCUGAAUACCUGUUACCAGAAUUG